AGCCUGUCGUGAAGACUCUAAUAUUACGCAAAUCUGAGUUGCUCAUCGACGAAAAUAGUCAUCCUUCCACCUGCAAGAGGUAAUCUGGCUCUCCUUGGGACGAGGCCGUCCAGAGAAUUCAGAAAAGUCACGACACAGGCGACUGUUCAGGGACAUCCGUAAGUCUUCAACAUGGAUUCCUCAUCAUCUCUACCUGCACGCAUCGACGUGCACUCGCACUACCUACCAUCCUUCUACCAAAAAGCCUGCCGCGAAAAUGGCCACGCCAACCCCGACGGAAUGCCAUACUUGCCAGAUUGGUCUCCAGAAGCCCACCUUGCGCUGAUGGAUAAACUCAACAUCUCUCGUUCAAUUCUGUCCAUCUCCAGCCCUGGCGUGCAUCUCGUGCCCGGCGAAGAUGCCCUCGCCCGCAGACUAGCACGGGAGUGCAACGCCUACGCAGCAGAUCUCAAACGACGUAUGCCGGAGCGAUUCGGCUACUUUGCCGCACUGCCGCUGCCCGAUGUGCAAGGUUCUCUCGAGGAGAUUGUGCGAGCAGCAGAGGAAGGCUGCGACGGAUUCGGAGUCUUGACGAACGCGCAUGGGCACUAUCUCGGGGAUGCCAUGUUCGAUCCCAUCUUUGACGAACUCAACCGGAGGAAGGCAUUGCUGUUCAUUCAUCCCAGCACGCCGCAGUGUGCUUGCUCAACGUCCACGGCAACGGCAGGUGAGACGAUCAAGGCCACGCCAUUGGCAAGACAGUGGCCAAAUCCGAUGCUGGAAUUCUUCUUCGACACUGCACGCGUCGUGGCUAAUCUCUUCAUGAGCGGCACCAUCCGUCGAUGUCCGGAUCUGAAAAUCAUCCUGCCACACCUAGGAGGUGGCUUCGCGCCAAUGCUUUCGCGGUGGACUGGUUUCAGCCAAUUAGUGCCAGGCCCAUGGCAGGGCGUCCCUGAGGCAGAAGUCUUGGAAGCCUUCAAGAGUCAGAUUUGGUUCGAUUUGGCAGGGUUCCCGUUUCCAUCCCAGAUUCGUGGCAUGCUCCACGGCAUCGGCGUACCGCAUACACGAAUGAUGUAUGGAUCUGAUUUUCCCUUUACUAAAGCAGAAGGGGUCGUAUCUUUGAGUAAGCAGAUGGAGGAUGGCGUGAAAGAGUUAUUCGACCAAGGGCAGAUCGCUGAUGUAUGCCGCCACAAUGCGGAGCGUCUGCUGGACCUGGAAUCUCCUCGAGGGAUUGUCGAGAAGAUGUGAACGCUGCGAUGUCUCGAGCACAUCUGCGAGGACGAAGUGUUAUGCGCCUGUUACACGCACUUUCCCACAUUCCUCAGAAUUGCCAGAAUUUCAUGACUAGAGAGAAUACUCAACUUUGUCUUCGAGAUGUUGCGUCGGGGCAGUGAACCCAUCAUGGCCAUCUGUGAAGUUCCUGAACUCCGCACUCUCGCAUCUGAAGCAAUCAACCUUGUGUAGGCGGUGUGUCGCAGCACACGGAUCGAGAGCCGCGAUGACUGCUCUGCGGAAUAGCAGUUUGACCUCACACAUUCCGGAAUCCAAAUAUCAGACUUCAGCUGUAUGGCUCAAGUUGUGUGUUGCCUUUUGCACGGGUAGCAUCUCAUGCAUGAACCGCUCGUAACACCCUCGCGUAGCAAUGUCGUCC